AUGAACGCUCAGGCUAUCCUGCGUGCUUUGCAGCUUCCUAACGGUAGCACCGUAAACAGCAUCUAUCUCGUUGGUUCUCGUCUUUGGGGUACGGAAACACCGAAAAGCGACUUCGACAUUCUUGUGGUUGUUGAAGCUCCUUCGUCCCAUGCUACCCUCCAAAAGAGCCAGCACAAAGGCAACUACGACAUGACUGUCGUCACCGAAACCCAAUUCCGGGCUCAGGUAGAGGCAGGAAGUCUUAUCGAGACUGUUUGUUGUCUGCUUGACCCCGAUUCCGACACCGUCUUGCAUCCUGUCCCGGAAAAAGGUGCACCGCUCAACAAGGAAAGACGGAAACUGGUGUCGUUGGAGGCAAUGAGGGCGUGGAUCGAUGAACGAGCUCGCCGUGACCUAGAAAAGGCAGAAAAGUUCUGGGUCAAGGGAAGUUCGAGCCGUGAAAACGGGUGGAAGAUACUGCAUCAUUCCUUAGCAGCGGAGUGCAUUAUGGGAGGGCUUUUAAGUUCCACAAAAACCACUUGUGCUCUCGGAGACCUUGUGUUGACGACGUUGCAACUUCAGGAAAUGGUUGAGUUGGGAUGGCAGGAGAAUGAUAGGCAAUGGUUGGAAAUGGAAUGGGUGAAUGCUCUUGAGGAAUACCACAUUCGUAUGAAGCUAGUCAAAGUUAGCUGGGGCUGA